AUGGUAUGGUCGAAUGGUAUGCACCGUCUCAAAUAUAAUCAUGACGGAACCUUAAUGAAUUGUGAUAUAUCUUGUAUUUGGGAUAUGACUGAUUUAGGUGAUUUAACUUCUGAAGAGCUUAGAACGGCUGAUGGUUUAUUUUGUGUAGAUGAGCCAAUACUACCAGAGGCGAAAUCAUGGAAAGGACAAAAGUUUAUACAAUUAACAACCGAACCUUACGUUACUUGUCCGUCAUGUAUUAACAAUAUAGAAAGAUGGGAUUUUCGAUCAACAUGUGAUGAAAAUUCAGAUGUGCCCACAAGUUACAUUCGAUCAGAUCCUGAUGAAUGGCGAGCAAAAGAACCUUUUAAUUUAGAAAAUCUCAACAAAAACUCAACAGUUGUUUCCUUCAUUGCUUCACACUGGACUGAUUUCCGUGAAGAAUGGGUUCCAAAGCUUCAAGCUCACAUUCCUGUUGAUCUUUUGAGAAAUACCAUGGAACAUUAUGAAGAUUUUAAUGCAAAGAAUUGUAUUAUCUCAAAAUAUCCUUUUUAUAUGGCUAUUGAAAAUUCACAAGAAAAAGAUUAUUCUUCCGAAAAAGGGGUAGUGCCUAUUAUAUGGACAGCCUAUUUAGAAUAUCAUCAGUGGCGGACCAUGAAGGUUUUGUCAGAAGGAUUUGAGAGGAAGGUUUAUGUCGCAUAG